AUGCAAAACUACCUGUAUGAGAAAGCCAUGGCACAAGAGACAAGGAACGGGGGAAGCUCCACGUUAAACAACAACAACAACGGUGCCGACAAUAGCAAGAGGAAGCUUCUGGUUGCUCUGGACAUCUUCUGUCUUCUACUUGCUAGCCUGCCUUUCCUGAUCAUUGAGACUAGCACCAUAAAGCCGUACCAGCGCGGGUUUUACUGUUCGGACGAGUCCAUCCGCUACCCCCAAAAAGAUGGCGACACCAUUAGCGAUGCCAUGCUUUGCGGUGUUGGCAUUCUUAUUGCCAUCAUCUCUAUUGUGAUCGGCGAAUCCUACAGGAUUCACCAGCUCCACGAGGGGACUAAGUCCUUUGUGGGAAACCCUUAUGUGGCGGCCUUCUACAAACAGAUAGGCGUGUUUAUCUUCGGCUGCGCCAUCAGCCAGUCGUUCACGGACAUCGCCAAGGUGUCGGUGGGCCGCAUGAGGCCGCACUUCCUGGACGUGUGCAAGCCGGACUUCACCGCCAUCAACUGCUCGCUGGGCUACAUCACCGAGUACACCUGCAGCGGCAAGGAGAGUGACGUGCAAGAAGCAAGGAAGUCUUUCUUCUCUGGACACGCUUCGUUCUCCAUGUUCACCAUGCUCUACCUGGCAUUCUAUCUCCAGUCUCGGUUCACGUGGCGCGGCGCCCGCCUCCUGCGCCCACUGCUGCAGUUCACCCUUCUGAUGAUGGCGUUCUACACCGGGCUGUCGCGCGUCUCCGACCACAAGCACCACCCCACCGACGUGCUGGCGGGCUUCGUGCAGGGAGCCCUGGUGGCCUACUUCAUCGUGUACUACGUGUCCGACUUGUUCAAGCCCAGGCUGAAGGCGGCGCCGUCUCCUCCGUCACCCAUCAAGAAGGAGCUACUGCCCUCGUCCGACAUCAUUGAGAGGAACAACCACCACAACAUGGUGUGAGGAAGACCGCCGCGCCUCCUCUUCCUUGUCCUCCUGCGACCAAUCACGUCGCCGCUCACCUCCCAUCGGACAGUAGAAUGUAGUUAAAAGGGCAAUCUCAACAACCGCAACUCCAACCUCUCUCAUUCUGUGAGGAACCCCACUCCGGAUCGGGGGGGGGUCGGCGGGCGUGGGGAGUUAACGACCAAAUCCGAGAAAAACAAAAUUGGAAAACGACAGGCGGAGCUUGAAAGAGGUAAUAAAAUGACAAAAUAAUGAAAAUGAAGAGAUCAAAACAAACUUCCUGCAAAAGGGAGAGAAGGAAUUCUAGCGAUGUUUACUCUCUUGGAGUCUCUGUGGCCUUGGAGUGGCAGCAACAACUUCCUGAGAGACGGGAAGGAUGAAAAAUGUAAUUUAAAGCACUGUUUGUCCUUUCUUUUUUUUCUUUUUUGGUCAAAGUUCAAUGACCGUGAUCACCACUUGCUGCCUGGCGCGUCAAAGCGGAAACCCAACGACGCUGUUUUUGAAUGUCACGCCGGCCUCGCUCGUCGGGCUUUCGACUGAGCGCGCUCAGUGCAGCCUAAAACUCGGAAUGUUGCAUUU